AUGUUAUAUGUAAAUCAGUCUCAGACCAACAUCACUACUGGACCGCAGUAUCAGGGGUUGCUGGAACUUCUGGUGUUUUCCAUGAUGUCUAUAGUGCCAUGCUGUGUGUUUCUCUUCAUUAACAUCACCAUGUUGUUCACCUUGAGGAGUAAAGCAGUGUUUCGUGAGACCUCCCGUUUCAUUCUUCUGUCUAACCUCCUUUUUGCAGACACUGUUCAGAUGGCACUGAGCCAGACACUGUACCUAAUGGCAAUUUUAAGAGUAAGGUUGAUCUAUCCUGUAUGUGGUGUUCUUGCCAUGCUUGCUGAUCUAACAAAUGAAAUCUCCCCUCUCACGCUGGUGGUGAUGUCUCUGGAGAGGUAUGUGGCUGUGUGCUUCCCACUGAGGCACACUACCAUCAUCACCAUGAGAAACACAGCGGUGGCUAUCUUUGUGGUUUGGGCUUUCGGUUCACUUAAUAUCCUCACACGAGUUAUUCUACUGUUGGAUUUUCCAUUUGAAGACCUGGAGAGCCUGCAGAUGAAAGAAUUUUGUGCCAAAGUUAAUAUACUUCUCGGCCAAAUGUCUGUUCUUUAUGAUAAAGGCUACACUUAUUUUCUGUUUGUUUCAGCUGGUGUUGCAAUCAUUUGUUCAUAUAUUGGUGUGAUGAUAGCAGCCAGGUCGGCCUCCACAGACAAAGCUUCAGCCCGAAAGGCUCGUAACACGCUGCUGCUGCAUCUGUUGCAGCUGGUUCUUAGUCUCUCCUCAACCAUACAAAACCCGUUACUCACAGCGUUCUCAAAGGUCCUAGACAGAGAAACAUUACUGCGCAUCCAACUCUACCUUUAUGUGUUUAUUAUCAUCUUCCCAAGAUGUCUGAGUUCUCUCAUCUAUGGAAUCAGAGACCGGACCAUCAGACUUGUGUUCGUAAAACAUCUUUGCUGUCAGUGGAGACGCUCACGUUUUCAAUGA